AUGAGCACUGUUGCACUACCAGAGCUAAGACACUCAAGAAGUUUAAGGAAAUUGCCAGACCAAGAGAUCCGGCUGAGAAGAACUCCUCGAUUACUCACUUUACCAAGCAACUGUCCUUCUCCAAAAAACCCGAAUAUCCUAACCCCAACCCCAAGCCUCCAUUUCAUAGACAACCAGCUUUUACCCUCAAGAGCCCAACAUCAUAAAAAUGCUCUCAAAGAGAGCUUGCCUAACUCUUUCCUUUCUCAAAAUAUUCUAUUAAUUACUAAAUAAUUUUCUUAUAUUUUAAAAUUUAUUUUUAUAAGCAGAUUAAGCCUUUUAGCAUCUCCCAAGAGCACCGAGCCAAACUUUCUACGAACUCAUAUGGUGUUUCCAAAGCAUAUGCAGUAAUCACACAUCCUGGCCUGGUCCGAAACUACAACGAAGAUAGGGCCUGUAUCAGUAUCAACAUGCUAAAAAAGCAGUCAAACUCCGACAAGUCCCUUCCAAAGUGCUCAUACUUCAGCAUUUUUGAUGGCCAUGGCGGUUCAUCAUGCGCUGAUUUUUUAAGAAAUAAUUUACAUCAGUACAUUAUCCAGGAAGAAAGUUUUCCUUCAAACCCCAAACAAGCUAUAGAAAAAGCCUGUUCCAAGGCUGAGCAAGAAUUUAUGAAGCGAGCGCAAGGCGAAGUUGUAGACUCCUCAGGGAGUUGCUGUAUCUUUGCCCUAUUUGUAGGAGACAUGUGCUAUGUAGCAAAUGUUGGAGACUCACGAGCAAUUUUAAGCUGUGAAAGAGGGAGCAAAGUUAAAGCGCUGUCUCGCGACCACAAGCCUUCAGAUGAGGUUGAAAAGUGUAGAAUAAUUGACGCUGGAGGGUCUUUAUAUCAGACUCCGUUUGGCUACAAUAAGUUUGGCCCUGUUAGGGUCAACCCAGGCAGACUUUCAGUUUCCCGCACAUUUGGAGACAUUGAAGCGAAAAUCCCAAGCAUGGGUGGGAUCCCAAAUGUGAUUAGUUCAGUACCCGAAAUAAUGUCUUUUAAAAUUACUGAUGAAUAUGAUUUUAUUAUCUUAGGAUCAGAUGGAAUUUUUGACCAGUUGACUAAUAAAGAAAUGCCGUCGAAGCCGGCAACACUUGCCCUAGGAGCGCCAUGGUGAUCGAAGCAGGUCGACCCAGCGACUUGUAGGCCCGAUAAGACGAAAGGCGAGCGGAAGAUCUGGGUAGAGUCUACCCCGUAGUGGACGUUAAGCGUUAUAAAUUCUAAGUAAGUAACUAACUAAUAAAGAAAUAAUAACUCAAGCGUGAAGAGCAGAUUGCUGGGAGAGUGAAAAUAUUCACCACCGAUGUGGCGCUGCAGUCGAAUCAAUAAUACAGCUGGCUUUUGAAAGAAGAGCUACAGAUAAUCUCACAACUAUGAUGAUCGCUCUCAAAGGGUUCAAAAAAGCAGCGAAAAGUAGAUUAAGACACAGGAUUACCCCUGUUGUUUAG